AUGAAACAAACAGAAAUAAAAAAUGAUACUUGGGAAGAUGAAUGGGAUUUUGAUGAUGAUUUAGGUGAUAUUACUAACACUAAUAAUAAUGAUAGUGAUAAUAAUAAAAUCAGCAAUCAAAAUAUCAACCAAAACUUUGAUUGGGAUAAUGAUGAAUGGUCAUCAAAUGAUGAAAUUAGUAUUAAUAAUACUACUAAAAAUCAAAAUUCAUCUUCUAAGUUUGAUAAUAACUUAAUUGAUCAUAAAUUAUACUCAAAUAACCAACAUGUUUCUUUAUCAUCACCUAUUAAUGCUAAUAUUAAUAAUUCUAAUGCUAUUUCAAAUACUAAUCCUCUAAAUAAUUUCGAAUGGAAAGAUGAUUUAUGGAGUGAAAGUGAAAUAAAUAGUGAUAUUCUCACUAAUAAUGAUUCUUUUGAACCAAAUAAUAAUAAUAAUAUUGAUAAUAAUAAUAAUAAUAAUAAUAAUAAAGAUAAUUCCAACUCUAAUUGGAAUGAUUUGAACUGGUCUGAUGAUGAUGAAUUCUAA